UUAUUUUCGCUUUUGGCUUGUUUGUGGUUCAACAGGCACAAAAUUAAAUCGUAAAUUUCAUAAAUUCGGUGGGCUGUAAACGUAGCACACAUUUUUAUUGUUUCGUAAGUCGAAAUAAACAAUAAGUUCACUAUUUUUUUCAAACAAUCAUGCUUUUCACAUAAUAAUUCUACUGUUGUGAUGCAUUUAUUACUGUAUAAGAUAAUUGUUUACGUCAGGUUAAUAGCAUGAAUUGAUUUAUUUCUGUGUAUCUGGCGUUUUUGCUUAUCAUAGAAAGCGUUAAAUUAGCCGUAGAUUAUUAAUAAUAAAGCUAUGGCUCAUCAACCAACAAACAGUGCUUUACGAGCUUUAUCCCUUGAAUUUAAAAGUUUGCAAGAGGAACCCGUAGAAGGUUUUAGGGUCAAAUUAGUAAACGAAGACAAUAUGAUGGAAUGGGAAGUUGCUCUCUUCGGCCCACCAGAAACCCUUUACGAAGGUGGUUAUUUUAAAGCUCAUGUCAAAUUUCCUCCUGAUUAUCCAUAUUCUCCUCCAUCUAUUCGAUUUUUAACAAAGGUUUUUCAUCCAAAUGUUUAUGAGAAUGGGGAUUUAUGUAUAUCCAUACUGCAUCCACCUAUAGAUGAUCCCCAGAGUGGUGAACUUCCAUGUGAGCGCUGGAAUCCAACUCAAAAUGUUAGGACAAUAUUAUUAAGUGUGAUAUCAUUGUUAAAUGAGCCUAAUACUUUUUCACCUGCCAAUGUGGAUGCUUCUGUUAUGUAUCGCCGGUGGAAAGAUUCUAAAGGAAAAGACAUGGAGUAUGAAAACAUCAUAAGAAAACAAGUACUGGCUACCCGAAGCGAAGCCGAGAAAGAUAAUGUUACAGUACCCACAACAUUAGAAGAAUAUUGUAUCAAACACAAGGUGAAGCCAAAAGAGCGUGAAACAGACAUGACGGAUUUCUAUGAUGAUGAUUACGGUGAUGAUAUGGAAGAUGAUGAUGCAGAGGCAGAUGAUAUCCAUGAUGAUAAUGAAGACUCUGGGAAUGGGGAACUGUGAUUAGCUCUAACAAUGCCAAGGAUUUUUAUGUGAAUUGGGUGCGAUGUUUCUUUUGAAUCACUUUUGUAAUGACAUUUACUUACAUAUUCCCAAUUCAUACUGAAAAAAAUUUGUUGGGGAGUUAUUUAUAUUACAAUUUUAUACUGGAAAUAUUUGUUCAGUUUCAGAGAAGUAUUAUAAAUUAUUUACGUAGAUGGCCGGUACUGUAAAAACAUUGCUCAAUAAUACUUUCAUUCAUAAAGUUUCACGUAUUUAUUGCUAUUUAUUGUCUCAUGUAAGCAUCAUAAGCGAACUUUUACUUCAUGAAGCAUUUUUUAUUUCACUUUGAAAGUCAUUCCUACACAAAGUAAGUGCUUUGGGUGGUUGUAUUUAAAAUUUUGUUCAUAUAGAUUUUGUGUUUGUACUAUUUUAUUGAUUGAAAUAAAUUUAUGA